CGGACCAAACAAGGUGACCAUCAUAACAUUGGACGUGCAACUCAUCGAUGGAAAUGAAAAUCUUAGUACCUAAUCAACAACAAUCAUAUAUAUCCCUAUAUAUUUGUAGCCUUGCAUUCUGCAGCCAUAGUUGCUCUUCAAACUUACAGCAAAUCAAAGUUGCCCAUAAUUUCUUUGCCAAGUCACCAGCUGAAAGAAAGAAUAUGGCAACCUCACAUCUCCCUUCAUUUCCUUCAAUGGCAAUGCUCUUUUUUUUCUGUGUUCUAUUGCUAUUACUGGAGAAUGCAGCAGGCAAAACAAGGCACUACACAUUCAAUAUUCAGUACCACAAUGUUACGAGAUUAUGCCACACAAGGACCAUUCUGAGCGUGAACCGACAGUUCCCAGGGCCUCGUUUAGUGGCAAGGGAAGGUGACGGAGUCAUUGUUAAGGUGGUUAACCAUAUUGCAGAGAAUGUUACCAUUCAUUGGCAUGGCGUUAGACAGCUAACUACUGGAUGGGCGGAUGGACCUUCUUACGUAACACAGUGUCCCAUACAAACAAACCAAUCAUACAUUUACAACUUCACAAUCACAGGACAAAGAGGAACUCUCUGGUGGCAUGCUCACAUCUCCUGGUUGAGAGUAACGAUCCAUGGACCAAUAAUCAUCCUCCCAAAGCGCAAUGAAUCUUACCCAUUUGAGAAACCCCUCAAGGAAGUCACCAUCAUGUUUGGAGAGUGGUUCAAUACAGACCCUGAAGCUAUAAUCAGCCAAGCACUCCAGACAGGAGCUGGACCCAAUAUUUCUGAUUCAUAUACUAUCAAUGGGCUUCCAGGGCUACUCUACAACUGUUCUUCUAAAGACACAUACAAGCUGAAGGUGAAGCCAGGGAAGACAUAUCUCCUCCGAUUAAUCAACGCUGCACUCAACGAUGAGCUUUUCUUCAGCAUCGCCAACCACACCGUAACGGUGGUUGAAGGUGACGCCGUGUAUGUCAAACCCUUCGAAACUGACAAGCUCCUCAUCACCCCGGGCCAAACCACAAAUGUUCUCCUAAAAACCAAGCCUGAAUUCCCAAAUGCCUCCUUCCUCAUGGCUGCUAGACCUUAUUUCACUGGACGAGGCUCCUUUGAUAACUCCACCACUGUAGGAAUUCUUGAAUAUGAACAUCCAUCCCAUCACAAAUCCUCUAAAAAUCUCACUUUACUUCAACCAACCCUCCCUUCUAUUAAUGCUACAGGAUUUGUUGCAAACUUCACACGGAAAUUUCGUAGCUUGGCCAAUGCUAAAUUCCCUGCGAAUGUACCAAAAACUGUGGACAAGAAAUUUUUCUUCACUGUAGGACUUGGAACAAAUCCCUGUCCUAAAAACACAACCUGCCAAGGACCUAAUAAUUCAAGCAAAUUUGCUGCUUCAGUUAACAAUGUGUCAUUUCAACUCCCAUCUGUGGCUAUUCUCCAGGCUUACUACUUUGGACAAUCUAAUGGAGUUUACACUACAGAUUUUCCUACACAACCAUUAAUUCCAUUUAAUUAUACUGGCACAGCACCAAAUAACACAAAUGUGAGCAAUGGCACACGCACAGUGGUGCUACCAUUUAACACGAGUGUAGAGCUGGUGUUGCAGGACACUAGCAUUCUUGGUGCUGAAAGUCACCCACUUCACCUUCAUGGUUACAAUUUCUUCGUUGUUGGACAAGGUUUUGGCAACUUUAAUGCUAGUAAGGACCCCGCCAACUUCAAUCUUGUCGACCCCAUGGAGAGGAAUACAGCUGGUGUUCCUGCUGGUGGUUGGCUAGCCAUUCGGUUCUUUGCAGACAACCCAGGAGCAUGGUUCAUGCAUUGUCACCUGGAUGUUCACACAAGCUGGGGACUGAGAAUGGCAUGGAUAGUCCUGGAUGGUCCGCAACCAAAUCAGAAGUUGCAGCCACCACCGUCCGAUCUUCCACAGUGUUGAUUUUAAUACCCAAGGGCUAUACGAUUUUUCCUUUUUGGUCACAUUUUGAGUGUUUCUGAAUUGUCUGCACUUUUCAUUUGUAACUUAAUUCUCAUUUUCAUGCUAUUCUUUUUGUUUUCUUUGAUGUGGUACAUAUGACAUUGACGGAUGGAUGAAUGGUCUGGUUUGUUGGCCGAGAGAAAGAACAGCAGCUGAGAUGUAACAUCCGACGGAUUUAUCUCAGUUAAUUUGUUUAUUUAUUUUGCUUUUAAUAUUAAGUUCAACCAUCCUCCUCCCUCAAUUACUUUCCUUCCUGCUAUCAUCAA